AUGGCGUUCGUGAGUGUUCAUGAGAUGGCUCUUUCCCACUUUUCUCCCGCUUACGUUUCCCGCCUUUUUACUGAUGUGAUUGUGUCUAGACCACGAAGCAAACUUAUUGCGAUCACCCUUCUCCCCCAAGCAAAACAGUCCCCCAAAAUCGCUACGCCUUCAAAGGAUUAUAUCAAAGUCCACGAGCCCAUCACUUGCACAAUGUCGCGCAAUAUGAUCGUCAACAUGUCUUUCAACUCCCCCGAGAUUCAAAUUCUCGGGCCGGUGCAAGAGAGCACCAUUGAACGACUCAACGAGGUGCUUCCUGACUCGACAACUUCGACUCGCAGCAUCCGCAGCAACCAGCCAAAGUUUGAGUACGUGUCGAAUCCUGAUCACUGGAGGAUCAAACUGGGCAAUCAGUUCUGCGACUCAGAGGGCGUGUCGCGCUUGAUUGUUCUUUUGUUGGACGCGCUCGAGGAAGAGGGCGGCUGGACGCUUAUAUCUUCCCAGGCUUCCAGCUCCUCUCAUGGAGGCGCCCUGCAGCAGGAUUUCGUGUGGAACUACAAGCUUUUCUUCUCCAAGUACCAAGAUGACGAGUGA